AUGAAAACCAAUUCCAAAUUGAAGAUCUUAUUUUACUAUGCAGGUGCAAAGUAUGUGUCUGACCGGAAGGGCUUUAGAAAGCUGCUGCAUCAAGAGCUGAUGUCAGGUUGUUACGACAUAUUGUACCUGCAUCUUGGCUCUAACGAUGUUUGCUGCAAGGAUAGCGAUUUCUACCGUUGUGUGACAGAGAUCCUUGAUGUUGUAUUCAGUGUGUGCACUGAAAUUAACGUGGUGCUUUGCGAGAUUCUUCCACGUGAUUUGGAUGUGAGAAUGUUUCCCCGAUGGCCACUCUCAGGGGCACAGUUGAGGAACUACUGCCAGUGGAUAAGGAGCGCAAACAGCAUGCUGUGGGAACUGAGUCACCAUGUGCCUUUUGUGAGAUACAUGGACUAUGGAGCAACUUAA